AUUGCUAGAAGAAAUGAUCGUGCUGAUGAAGACUUAUGGCGACCUAGUCUAGCUCAGGCGGUUUUGAGUACUCAUGGCAAUCUGGCCGGCAUAUGUGAUUUGAUUGAUUUGCUCACAAACAUUUUUUGGACUCCAGAUGUUAAGGAUGUUAAGCUCGUUAUUAAUUAUGACUUUCCGACUAAUGUUGAGGAUUAUGUUCAUCGUAUUGGGAGAACAGGGCGUGGUGGUGCUAAGGGCUCUGCUAUAACGUUUUUCACAAUGGAUAAUGCUAAACAGGCUAAAGAUUUGGUGAACAUAUUGCGUGAAGCUAAUCAGGAGGUUGAUCCAAAACUUUUAGAGUUUAUGAAGAUCGCUUCAGCUAGUACUCCUGCAGGCCGUUCAAGAUACAAUAAUAAUGGUAAUGGUGGACGUGGAUAUAAUUCUGGAGUUAGUAGUCGCACUCCCAUGGCUCACCUCCAACUUAUUCUCGAUCGUCUCAUUGUUGAAAACCUUCAUGGGCCUAUAAACUCUGUUUCGACCUCACAUCAACCUCGAGUUUCGAGAAACGACAGCUCGCAAGCUGAGCUAUAUGCCACGUUUCAACAAAGAGAUGAUCAAGAUCUGGAUGCCGGGGAUCCAAGGUUUCUCUUCAUAGAAUAUUUUCUUGAUAGCAGUGAUAGCAAAAACGAUGAUUUACUGUUCUUUGUUAGGCAGACAAAUCCUGAAAAUGAAGAUCUUGAUCCAGUGUUUGUUAAAAGAAAGCCGACACCACGUGUAAUGCCAAGUCUUGAUGAUACAGUUUUAUGGAAAGAAACGUUCUUUCUCAAUUUGAUUGUUCAGUUAACGGUUGCUGUAUGCACCCGUACACCAGCUGAUAAUGCAGAUGGACCUAAUCAAAAAACAAGUAUGACAUGCUCAAGAAAGCAUGUAUCCAAACGCGUUUAUGCACUUCCAACUAAAUCAAGAAUGGAUAUUAAGGAAACAUCCAUGGAAUGCUCCUACCCAAUUAUUUAUUAUGUAAUUGAUGAUUAUGAGGAAAUGUUUGAACAUUUAAUUGUUAGUGAGGGGGAAUAUUUGUGUGUCGAAUUAGCUCAUAAUGAUACAAAAAUAACCUUGUUUCAAGGUGCAGCUUCUUAUACUGCUUUGCUAGACAUUUAUAAGCAGAAAACAGCAAACAAGCAAAAUAGAAGGUUCAAAAUGGGUCCUCAAACACCACCUACGGAAUAUAUCAUGAUGCGAGGUCCAGGUGGGAAGGGACAUGCUCAGGUGGCUAUCACGGCAUCAUCUUUGGAUGAUGAUUUCUUAGAUAGUACAUCUCCACCUUCAUCUAGAAACAGUGCAUUUCCUGGCCUAGGACUUGAUAAUAAUUGGCCAGAAAAUAAAGCUACAAAUAAUCAAAAUGGCAAAUCAGCAGUCCGGGGUCAAAGAGCGGGUUCAAAUAACUCAUUUUUUCAAUCAUUGAGAAGACUUUCACAGUCAAUAACAAUAACUGAUAAACCUGCACCAGAUCCGGAAAAUUUAAAAUCUUUGGCCCGCGGCAAGUAA